AGUCCCUCUCCUUCACCACCUCACGCUUCACCCCAACCCUCGGCCCUCCACAUCCUCUUGCGUCUCACUCAUCGAACCCUUUCACUUCUCUAAUUUAGAUUUUGAUUUUAUUUACUCUAUCAAAUUAAUCAUGAGUUCGCCCUUCGAUAUCAAUGGUGGUGCCUGCGUCGCCAUGGUAGGCAAGGACUGCGUGGCAAUUGCCUGCGAUCUCCGACUCGGCAUGCAGGCUCUGACCGUCUCCAAUAACUUCCCCAAGAUCUUCAACUACAGCCCAUCGACCUUCCUCGGCCUGACUGGCCUGGCGACCGACGUCUCGACCGUCUCAGAUCUCUUCCGCUACAAGGUUAACAUGUACCGCCUGCGUGAGGAACGGAACAUUGCACCCCAGACCUUGGCCAACCUGGUCAGUUCGUCACUGUACGAGAGGAGAUUUGGACCUUUCUUCGUCAGUCCCGUCGUUGCGGGUAUAAACAGCACAACUGGCAAGCCAUUUAUCUGUGGCUUUGAUAGUAUCGGAUGUAUCGACUUUGCAAAGGAUUUCAUUGUCAGCGGGACAGCUAGUGAUCAGCUGUUUGGUACCUGUGAGAGUUUAUGGGAGCCGGAUCUGGCCCCCGAGGACUUGUUCGAAACCAUUUCCCAGGCUCUCCUCAGUGCUGUUGACAGAGACGCACUCUCCGGUUGGGGUGCCCAGGUGUACAUCAUAGAGAAAGAUAAGGUGACUAAGCGGCUACUCAAGGGAAGACAAGAUUAGAAUAGUUAUGUUGGCGCUUUUUUGUUAUGUUAUUCAGGUCUUUAAUUUCACGCUCCAUUGCCACGAUUGCAAUAUUUCCUGGUUGAGAACAGCUUUCGGCGUCUAAGGUCUCCACUUAAUGUUACAUAUUAUCGAUUAAGGCGAGGCGAAGCACAGUGAGGACAUAUGGAGGACGAAAAUACAGGGAAUUAGAAAUUAAAUCUCUGCAUAC